GUUCCGUGUUGUUGUGCUCGCUGGUUGUGGCUGGCGUCGAAGAAACUAACAAGUGUUUUCAGUCGAAAAAAAAAGCAACAGUAAAGCUGACCGUCCCCGUGGCCCCGUUAUCAGCGUUAGUACGAGUGAUCAAUCAAUUGCGGGUGCGAAAAUAGUACGUGACGGUACCGAUAUCGCACAUAUUCGUUUCCCACCUCUCUAUCUCUCAUUCAACCCACGUAAAUAGCCAAAACGAUAAGAUAAAACCGGAGUGCUUUUCGGUGCACAAAACGGGAAGAGCUCCAGCACGAGUCACCGCACUGAAAAUAACCUCUCCCUCAUACACAGAUCCUCUCCGUCCUCUUGUACGCCGCCCGAAAGCCAGUGAGUGAGACCAGUGUUAUCUACAUGUGUCGGAAUAAGUGUCGGAAGAUGUGUUAAAGUGUACCAAGCGCGUGUGUCUGUGUGUGUGUUUAUAUCCACGUUCGUGCAUAUGUGUGUGUCGAUGUGUAGUGUCCGGUAGAUCACUGGUUCCGGGGUGUGUGUGUGAGUUUGUAGGCGAGAGCGACGGUUCCAGCAACGGCGGCGAACAUCAUCGUAACCGCAACAGCGGCAGCCCCGGGCAGCCGCUACCACCACCAUCCACCGCCGAGCGGCGGCACGAGCGCCCCCGGUGGCGGGAGCCGCAAGCUGAGCUUCAACAUCGGCAAGAUGGAGCACGCCGAUUUAGUCGCCGAGAUGGCUCAGGUCGAGCAUCUCUCCACGCAGGACCGGCUGCAUCUCGCGCGCAUGCGCCGAGCACAGCAGCUAAAGGUAGCGAAACAGAAGGAAAAAGAAUGGCUGAAAGCGCAGCGCAGCCGGGACCGGAUGGGGACACAGACGUCCUCCUACAAGCGACACAUCACGUUCGAGGACAGUGUCGUACUGCUGGAGGCCGCGGCACGGAAUGACAUUGCGGAGGUGGCAAAACUGCUCCAGAAGGGUGUCACACCGGAUGCAACGAACAUGGACGGACUGACGGCACUGCAUCAGUGCUGCAUCGACGACAACGCCGAGAUGCUGAACCUCCUGCUCGACUACGGUGCGAACGUGAACGCGCAGGACAGCGAGCGGUGGACGCCGCUGCAUGCUGCCGCCACCUGCGGCCACUUAAAUCUGGUCAAGAUACUGAUAGCACGCGGCGCGAACCUGCUGGCGGUAAACGCGGACGGCAACAUGCCGUACGACAUCUGCGACGACGAGGAGGCGCUCGAUUACAUCGAGGCGGAAAUGUCCAAGCGGGGCGUCACGCAGGAGCUGAUCGACGAGACGCGGGCGGCCACCGAAACACAGAUGCUGCACGACCUGCAAGACAUCGCCCUGCAGGGUGGCGAUUUGGAAAUACCCGAUCCGCAGGGUGCCACGCCGCUUCACAUAGCAUCCGCCAACGGGUACACACGGGUCGUCGAGUUCCUACUGGAGCAUCACACAUCGACUGAUGCUGUCGAUAACGAUCUCUGGACACCGGUACAUGCCGCUGCCUGCUGGGGUCACCUGGAAGUACUUGAAAUGCUUGCCCAAAGUGGAGCCGAUUUGAAUGCCAAAAAUAAGAACGACGAAACUCCUUCCGAUAUUUGCGAAGAUCCAGAAAUACGAGAGCGAAUAGAGCAGCUAAAGACGGAACAGGAGAGCAAGCGGUUAGCGGAAGCGCAACGCAAACGUGUCCGGCGGUCGCAGAGCAACAACACGAGGGCACAAUCCGUGAGACGAACAUCGCUGCGUGAUAAGGGACUAACGACCAAAAAGGAUGCGGUGGAGGAGGCUCGCUUCCGACUACAAGCGCAAGAGGGCUACACAACGCCGGACGGUGUGGCGGCCGCGACGGCCACGGCGACGACGGUCGCAACCGCAGCCGCGACAGCAAACGGUGACAAUAACAAUCAGUCAUCGUCCUCCUCCGCCUCGGUUUCAUCCACCUCCGUGCGCACUAACGCAUCCUCCACCUCCUCCCAGCAUGCCACCAACGCCACCAUCUCCUCCACUGCUACUCCACCCUCCUCCUCCACUACCACGACCACCACGAGCACGACCGGUAGUAGCAGCAGCAACAGCACGAACAGCACGACCACCACCACCAUCAUCAGUAACGGCAUCAGUAGCAAUAACAAUCAUCUUCCCCCUCACCUGCAUCACCACCAUCACAAUGGCAAUGGCAGCCUGAACGGGUCCGCCGCCCAUCUGAUGAACAGUGUAAAUAACAACAGUCUGCCGAAUGGAGCCACGAUCAUCAAUGGCGGUGGCGGCGGCGGUGGAGCCAACAACAGCAACCAGAGUGUGCGCCACAUGAACAGCAUCAACAACAACCAAAGCAGCAGCCUGCAGCGGCACCGGGCCGCCACCGGCAAGGGUUCCCCGGUGGGCGGUGGGUCACCGACCCUCAACCAGUACGAUCGGCGAUCGCCGGACGGUAAGGAUAACGAUGAGACGUACCUGAUCGAGACGAAGGGGGGUGGUGCGUCAUCAUCCCCCGCUGGUGGUGGGGUGGGUCUAGUCAGCAAUCAUCAUCCUCCUACUGCUACUGGCAAUCAUCACGCGGGUGGCCAUCAUCAUCUGCACCAUCACGGUUCGGUUAACAUUCCAGCGUCGGCGGCAGCGGCAAACGGGGGCAGCGGGGGUGGUGGUGUUGCCACCGUUGCCGCGGCCACCAGCACCACCACAGCGGCCGAGGUGUACUCCACGUCCAACAGCGAGAAUGGCAAGAUCAACGUCCAGGUGACGGUCCUAGUCGAUCCGUCUGUCGCAGGAACGCUGGCCGAUCUGAAGAAGCACCGGUCGCAGAACCGCUCGAGCGUCAGCCCGGAAAAUGGUUCCCUGCUGAGCGGUACGGCCCCGAGCCUGGCCGGCAGCAUCGGUAACGGGGGCAGCACCACCCCGAACGGUGCGAACGGUGCGACGCCCGUGGAACUGUCGCUCGUAUCGAACGAGCUGCAGCAGCAUCACCAUCACCAUCUGCACCAUCCGCAACACGCAUCGCCCCAUCUCAACAGCCGGCAGCAGCAGCAGCAGCAACACUAUUACGGCGAUGGCAGUGUUAACGGAACCGGAAACGGAUCCCUGCACGGUUCGGUGGCGAUCGGGGAAAGCGAAGCGGGCACACCCGGCGGCACGCUGUCCAAGUUUAGCGGCAACACCAGUGACGUGGUGAGUGACAGCACCCGCUCGAGGCGCUGUUGUGUGGUAAUGUAAACGGGAAGGAGCGAAGAGGAAUAAGGUGGCAGCCAGCAGAAGGAGAAGCAGGCACACACACGCAUUCGGUUUGUGAAACUGUGCGCUUAAAGCGAGGAAAACGGAGCGAGUAACGCUUAGCGGAAUGAGUAACGCUUGGCGCCAUCUAUGAAGCGCUAGAAGAAGCUGACAGUGUGUGCUGUGAGUUUCAGACAGCAUGUCGUGGUGCGUGUCCGUGCUGUCUAUCCAGCUUGCUGGUUCGAAGCUUCGCUAAAGAUCAAAUGCAAUGCGUUUUUUUAGUAACGCCGUACGUUACUGCACUUAGCAAAAAACAAAAAGAAAACUUCCCCCGUGACUGAGAAUUUAAAGCAAUGCCGUACUUACACAUCACACUGAAGAAAGAUAGAGAGAGAGAGAGGAUAGGAUGAAGUGAAAAUUAAAGAAGACGAAUCGUUCUAUUAUAUUUGUAAGAAAAUUCCACUUAUGAAAUCAAAGCGCAGAGAAACCAAACACGAAUAAAAGCAAAUAAAAACAAAUAGAAAAGGCAAAGGUUUUGAAGUAAAACAUAGUGUGAAACUAUCUAUGGCGGAAAUCAAAAUGUGAACAUGAAAUGUAAACGAAAGAACUGACCGAGAAGCAACAGAAUAGCUAGUGGCGAGUGAACUAUGUGAGCAGAAAACGGGAGGAACGAACGAAAGAAUGGUGUGGUUGAGUGAUAAGAUAAAGACGAAGAAAAGAAAAGAAAAAAAAAGCCAGGCGUCUAGCAAUUAUUUUGCUUUGCGAAACAUUCGUCCGUUGUGAAUUGUGAUGGCGCCCGCGUAACUCGGGCCGUGAAGGGGGAAUGUUGUCCAGAAACUAAACCCCAGCGCUAAACCCCACACCCCGUCGGCCGGAGGUCCUUGUGUGUGUGUGAGAGAGAGUUUUGUACAUAGGAUUAUUGUUAUUUACACUAUUAUUGUAAUAAUUAUUAUUAUUAUAUUACUAUCAUGGUUGUCCGGCAGCAAACUCUAUCCAUUGCGAUUGUGUUUUCUCCCUCCUCGGUACGCCGGUAAUCCACCGCGGCCACGCGACUUAAGCCACAGAGACAAGGAUAGAAAGGAUGAGUGUGGAAGGAAUGAAAUGCAAUGAAACUGUGUUCCUCUACCCCCAGUGUUAGCAGAAGGAUAGAGAAACUGAAACCGAUCCACGCGUUAUUAGUGCGAUCCACGCGAACUGUAGUACAUCACAUCACACAUUAAGGUUUUUUGUUAGUUCACACAUAAUUUUGGUUUUUUGUUUUGUGUUCGAUUUUUUUUCUGGUUUAAUACAACAUACCCAUACACAUGCAAUCAUUGCUCAGUCAUAGGUGAAUAUCAUCUCCAUCAUCUCUUAGCAUCAAUUAAAAAGGGCGUCAGAAACGAGCGCGAAACAAUUAAUUGUGUCGGUAGAUCAUUAAGGGAGAGAGAAGAGUAAAAAGCAAUUAGCGAAACAAUAACACAUGUUAUUGUUGUUCAGAUAUAAAAUGAGAGAUUCCUUCCUACAUACAUAAAUGCAACGCAAAAAGCGGGUCCGAUUGCAAACAACACCCUUUAAAAUCACAAAACCCCUAUUCGUGAGAGAAGGAGAGAGAUGUGUAUUCAUAUUAUAUAUA